AUGGUCUUAAAGAGGUUGAUUUGUUCCCUGUUUCUCUUUUGCUCUUCUUUUCCUGCAGAAGUACUUGGUUCCUAUUCGCAACUGCUUAAGAGCAUUGAUGAACCCUUAUUCUACCAUUCUGCUGAAGAAAUAGCCUUUCUCCUCUCACCAAUGGCUUGCAAGGGUGGACCAAACCAAAGGAAUUCUUCAGGCUGGAAGAAUGGGGAAAACUUUUCACACAACAGACAAAAUCAAAGAUCUGCUUUCCACCCGAAUCAUUCCCAACAAGUCAAUAGAAAUUUGGGCUAUGAUCCUCAGAAUUCAAGUCCUGCCCAAAAGAAUAGUUACCAUAAUCAGAACUUCAAAAACAACAACAAACAAAAUAGCAAUGAAAGUUUUUUGGUAAGUUUUUCUUUCUCCCUCAACAUUAUCAUUGACCCAUUGUACUUAAGAGGCAUCUUAAAAUGUAAAUGA